AUGGCCGCUCGGGCACCCAACAACAAUAACAGUAGCAAUAGAAACGAAAACAGGAGGGAAAAGAAUGAAACAGAUCCUGUUCCUGUACAAAUGACUAGUUUAGUUCCUGUAAGGGUUGUUAGCGUACAUGGUGAUUUCUUCGACACAGAACUGCAUCAAGAUGCCCCUCUGCGUAUCUUACAGAGUGCAGUGGAGGAUUGUUUUAAGGUGCGUCCAGAGCUGCAGUUACUUACGCACAAUCGUCAGCAAAUUAAUACUAAUGUUUCUCUUAGACGAAAUGGCUGUUUGUUACUGAAAGGUGAUCCGUAUGUGAAAAUUGUCCUUGAUAUUAAGAAAGGUACAAAACUUAAUCUUGUCUGCCAAAUGGCGCAUACUGAGCCCAUUCCGUUAGCUUGUGAAAGCGCGGAUACCGUUUGGGAAGUAAAGAAGAAGUUUUGUGCUGCUCUUGGAAAGGUCGAUCUGACACCGCAACGAAUUCGUUUAUUAUGGAGAUACUGGGAACUUAACGAUAAGGCUACCCUAGAUUACUACCACCUCCCCACCAAUGCAAAACUAUCGGUGAUGAAAAAGCGCGGGUUUGCUACUAAACCCCAACAACAACAAGAAGAAAAACGGGUAACGAACUCAUCCAAAGCAGAUGCCGGAACUAAAAGCCUUGGUGAUGCGGGAAUAGUUGGAUUAAUGCACCAUCGGGCUCCUAGUAACAAUAGUAAUACUGCUGCCGGCGCAAGAACUCUUGUUAAUGAAAAAAACAGAGCAGUAACUGACAUUGCUGCAUCAUCUACUUCAAUUUGGCCAUCUCAUUCCAAGCAAUAUGGACGAGCCGUUAUUCCUAUUGAUUCGACUAUAGAUUACGGAGCUGCCGCUACUCCUACAGAGUUUCGAGAUCAAGCACAUGCUUUGCCCGUGCAAGGAGGUGAACUGGUGAAGCUGUCUCAGACAGUACCUUUGUCAGAGCUCAACCGUUUAAAGCAGGAAAUUGCUUCCCUUGAACGUCGUAUUGAGUUAUCCGAUGCAGAUCGGGCCGGGUAUCAGUUGCUUGAGGAGUCUUACCGUGCAACAUUGGGCCGCGUGACGGAGCUAGAAGCCACACUGGGAAGGUUCCAGCACCUGCUCAAGCGGGCGCUGACACUAAUGUGA